AUGUGCGCGGACGAGAACAGCGCACCGCACGCUGUCCGCUAUCUCAAUGCACAACUAGCUGUUCUGCACGAGAACGCAGACCGGUGUCUUCAAGAACAUCCCAACGCCCGGACUGAAGAAAACAGACAUCUCUAUGCGUUGGCAGAGUUCGCCGUGCAACGGCCGGCCUCUGCCACACAGAUUCCAUCUGAAAACGACUCCCUUUUCUACGCCUCAUUCUACGCUCCCGACCUCAAAUUCAUCUGCGACCACGACGUUUUCCUGAAACUAUCGUUCGCGAAAGGCCAUAUUGCGGUGGACAGCCCCCACAGGGGCAGGAGUAGUCAAAUUGUUCCCUUCCCGGCCGACUUCGAGGUUACCUACCGUGUCAGCUUCAGGACCCGUAGAAUCACCAGUAACGACCAGCAGAUGGACGACUACGGGAGUGCGAUUGAGCUUGUCAUUCUCGACCUUGACAAGGCUACGCUGUACUCCGUCGAGCCCGAGCUUCCCUCCGGCCGGGACCAGCUUACUAGAUUCAUGACGCAGUACCUCGAGCUGCUGCACAGCGCGGGGAACCACGUCCUCUUCUCACUCCCGCAGUUUGACCAGCGCGCCGCGCCGGGCAACGUGAAGUACUCGCUCAUCGGCGAGACCGAAGCAUACUACGAGUGGAUGGAGAGCAUGCACGGGGUCACUGUCGACCAGAUCAACGGGUACAUGUCCUCCAUAUGGCUCAAGUCUGCGAUGCUCGCGCGCGGGAGCAUGACGAGCGACAGCACCGACUGGCGUCCCCGAUGCCUCGCCGAGCUUGAGCUCGGUGACUCUCGCGGCGUGACGUCGCGCGAGAUGAUCCAGCGCACAAAGAUGUUCGGGUUCGACCAAGUCACAGCGGUCUCGCAGGGCUCGCUCAACGCGCAAUUUUCUGCGUCGACAUAUGGGGCGUUCCACAGCUGGGCGUUCGAGAGCUACUUCUCGGCGUCGUACAAGCCGUUCUCGCUGCAUUUGCUGAGCAACAACCGCGCGCUCGUGUGGGUGCACCUCGCGAACGGCAACCUCAAGACCCUGAAGGACUGGGCGCUCUGGGAUGGGCGAGUGGACUGCUCAUCUUCAACAAUGUUUGCAAGAUCGCUCAUACAUUCCUUCCUCUCUUCUCCUAGGAGUGAGGAAUAUGAAUUCCGCGACUGGUGUGUGGCUUUCGAGGUCGAUAUCAAGAUGUGCUCUCAGAGCGAAUUGGAGGGCUCGACCUCUUCCACAUACAUCUCCUCACAGCAGUUUGAAAGGCACGGCCACAGCCCGGAUCGCGAGCUCAGGCAUAUUUAUCUCGACUUCCGACAUGCGGAAUACGUCCACGACUAUUCCAACUUUGGCGACAUCAAGAACAUGGGAGAAGACGGCUGCUCACUCUUUUUCAAGCUGCAAGCGGUCGUCUUCUAUCUUACGCAGCACUACUUCCCCGCAUUGUGCAAGGAAGGCAUGAACGUCAUCACAAGUAUCCCCGUCUGGACAGAGGGGCACCGAUCCUUGCCCUCGUAUGCACUCACAGACGUCACCUUCCACGUCUACUCGAAGGUCGAAAUUACCCGCCACAACUGGACGCAAGUCAUCCCCGGGCAGGAGCCGAUCAUCGUUGUGCUAGGCACGACGGGUGGACGUCCGCUGCCCUCGCCGGAGCUCGAGUUUUCGACGGAAUGGAUUGUGCACGCGAACGGCGAAUUCUCCCAUGGCACGAUCGGUAUCGCACGCCGCGUGUUCAUUGAAGAGCGCCUCCUCACCCUGCUUUCGAACGUAAACGCGUAUACGACGAUGAUCCCCGUACUCCUCGACCCCUCCCAGGGCUUCCACGGGCUGGGUCUCCAGAAAUGGUCCGAGCACGAGCAGCGCAGGGACCGCCCCUCGAAGUGGGAGCUCCUACCGUCCGACGGGGAUGGUUGCUUGAAGUACCUGUGGGAGCACUGCGAGGAGUGGCGUUACAAGCUGCGCGGGAACAGCAACCUCAUGAGCUCUACUCAGGGCAUCUCUUGCGUCACCCGGAACUACGUCGAGCUUCCGACUGCCGUCAAACAAGGCGCCCUUCAUAUCAAGAUCAGCGGCAAAGUCGAACUCAGCCUGACCCUCCAGGUUGGGAAGUCCGAGUCCCAGACCGCGAGCUCCUCGGUGAGCUGGUCCACAAACGUCACCGUUCAGACCAUCGGCAGCGGAAUCAAGGUCAACACAUUCGGCUCGCACGACCCGGUGUUCGCAAAGGGUCUCACUCCUGACAACGCGGCGCGGUUCCGGAGCCCAAUGGACAUGUUGCGCGAGGCGUUCCCAGACAAGGUUGACCUCGACGAGCUCGUGCAAGAGAUCCGCGCGUUCGAGGGCCCAUGGCAGUACUGCUAUCCGCUCGCAAUUCCGUACUCGCUCGCGAGCCCCGUAUUUAACGACGACGGCGACCUUCUAUUCGAGCUCCGGCGGGCUCCCACCGCCGCCCUCGGCGAGUUCGUCGUGAACAGAUCGGCUGCAGGGGUUCCUACCAUGGUUCCGAGGCUCGGCCGAUCCCACCACUGGCACCAGUUACUGCUCAAUCUAUACAUGGUCCAGGUCGCCGAGCGCCACUAG